AUGUCAACUUUAAAAUCAGAAGACUUGUAUUUGAACAGGGCCAAACUUGUUAUGAAAUAUUUAGGAGUUUGGGUGCCUGCAGCGAAUGAAACGAUUACACUUAAAUCUUACAGGCUAUUUAUGAUAUUCUUACAGUAUUUAUUCCUACUCUUCCAAAUUAUUUAUAUAUUCCAAGUUUGGGGAGAUUUGGAAGCCGUCUCGCAGGCUUCAUAUUUGUUAUUCACUCAAGCCUGCUUAUGUUUCAAAAUUACAGUUCUACAAAUAAAUGUGGAUUUGCUUAAAGAUUUGCUGAACAGGAUGAACAGCGAAAUAUUUCUACCACAGUCAAGGGAACAAGAAAGGAUUCUAAAACGGCAAGCAAAACGUAUUAAACAAUUGUUGUUGGCAUUCAUGAUAAGUUCACAAACGACUUGUUUGCUGUGGGCGCUGAAGCCAUUGUUUGAUGACGCAGGUUCUCGCAACUUCCCAUUCGAUAUGUGGAUGCCGGUACGGCCUGAGUUUUCUCCGCAAUACGAGUUGGGCUUCGCGUUUCAGCUACUGACUAUUUGCACAAGCGCUUAUAUGUACUUCGGAGCGGACAGUAUCGCCUUGUCUAUGGUGAUCUUCGCCUGCGCGCAGCUGAAUAUAAUAAAGGAUAAGAUUUUGAAUAUAAGUUUUGUUCAUGUUCAAGGCCGAAGUGAUAUUGAAAAGACUAUAAUUGUAUCCGAAAACAAUAAAAAAUUGAUAGACUGUAUAAAGCAACAUCAAGCUAUCGUGUCGUAUUUCCUGUCGCAGGUGGACUGGCGCAGUAUGCAAUUCUUUUCAAUCCUUACUUAUUUAUCUGUGAUGAUCAGCCAGCUGUUCGUAUGCUGCUGGUGCGGCCACGAGCUCACGGCCACGAGCGAAGAGCUCCCCACGGUGUUAUACAAGUGUCCGUGGUACGAGCAGGACCUCCAGUUCAUGCGCACGUUGCGCGUCGCGGCGAUGCGCAUGGGCCGGCCCACGGUGCUGCGCGCCGGACACUACAUCAGCUUGUCCAGGCCCACGUUUGUGGCGGCUUCAGUCUGCUAUAAAGUUGCAGUAUUUAUCCUUCACAAGAAGAACUUAAAAAGUCUGCUUGAGUACAUGAUGGUGGACAUCUUCGUCCCUCAGUCUGCAGUCCAUAGCGAGAUACUAAUAACACGUGCUCGCAAAGUGAAAAGGUUAUGUGCAGUUUUUUUAGUAAGUGCAUUUAUGACAUGCUCUUUAUGGGCCAGCAUGCCGUGGUUUGAUGAAGCGGAAACGAGGUCCUUCCCUUUCAAGAUUUGGAUGCCCGUGUCUACGCAUACCUUUACGCAGUAUAUAUUAGGGUACUUAUACCAGAUAGUGAGCGUCUACAUCAGCGCCCUGCUGUUCUUCGCGGUGGACAGCACCACGCUCUCCAUGAUCAUAUUUGGAUGUGCCCAGUUGGAAAUCGUUAUUGAUAAGAUAAAGAAGGUGAAAAAUGUACCAAUGUCCGCCAAAUUAAAUAAAACAGCAAAAGAGCAGUUGGUCAAAGACAGUAAUGAAUUAUUUAUUCAGUGUAUUCAUCAACAUCAAGAAGUUAUAAGAUUUGUAGAACUUCUGGAAAACACAUAUCACGCGAACAUAUUUUUCCAGCUGAGUGGCACCGUCGGCAUCAUCUGCAUCAUUGGACUGCGGAUUACAAUUACGGAACCGAGCAGCGUGCAGUUCUACUCGAUGCUGAACUACAUGGUGACGAUGCUGUCCCAGCUGCUGCUCUACUGCUGGUGCGGCACCGAGCUCACUACUAAAUGUAUUGGAAAUUGGUAUACGUACCUACUAAGUACACAACUGUUACAUGAGAGCGAAGAUUUACGGCAGUGGAUUUAUCAAUGUCCCUGGUACGAACAAGACUUCAAAUUCAGAAGGUCCCUCGUCAUCGCGAUGGAGUGUAUGAAAAAGCCCAUUAUUUUCAAAGCCGGCCAUUACAUUCCACUUUCGCGGCCUACAUUCGUAUCAAUUUUGCGUUCGUCUUAUUCAUAUUUCGCAGUGCUGAAUCAAGCUAAUAAUAAG